AUAAAACCAAACAGCAACGAAGCUACGACGAACGACCACGCAAAACUACAACACCCAUGAUGCAUCAGGAGAAAACGCGCCAGUCACAGAAUGACGUUUUAACACUGAGCGGGGAGAAUCAAAAGUUUGGAAGGUGUUUGUGUGAUUCAGCUAUCAUAGCCCGGCAGUAACAACAUCACAUACACACGGUAUGCAGAGGAUCAGUCGCCUGAAGCGCGAGCUGCAGCUCCUCGCCGCUGAACCUCCUCCUGGAGUCUCGUGCUGGCAGAUGGAGGGGCGCGUGGAUGAACUACAAGCCCAAAUUGUCGGCGGUUCAAGCACUCCCUAUGAGGGAGGGGUGUUUACAUUGGAAAUCAAAAUACCGGAGAGGUAUCCGUUUGAGCCCCCGAAGAUCUGUUUCCUUACACCCAUCUAUCACCCUAACAUCGAUAAUGCAGGACGCAUUUGUCUCGAUGCUCUUAAGUUGCCCCCAAAGGGUGCUUGGAGGCCUUCGCUCAACAUUUCAACGGUGCUCACCUCUAUACAGUUACUUAUGGCUGAACCCAACCCAGAUGAUCCACUUAUGGCUGAUAUUUCCUCUGAAUUCAAAUACAACAAAGCACUGUACCUGGAGAAGGCAAAGAAAUGGACAGCUGAACAUGCAGUUCAGAAAAACAAGGGUUGUGAGGAAGCAGAUGAAAAGAGCUCUCUUGGAAAUAAAAAUAAGAAAACCGCACAAAAAAGAGAAGCACUAAGUGCACAGGAGAAUUUAGAGCAAUCUAAGAAAGUAUGUAUGUAGUGUAUUUUACAAACAACCUUGUUUAUGUUUAUCUCUUAUAUGGUACUGUGGAUUUAUUUUUGUCUGUUUAUUGUUUUGAUAUGAAUGUAAUAAAAUAUAUUUGAACUACAUUCACAGCACACCAAACUGUUCAAUACUCUUUAAGACAUACAUUUAUGAAACUAAUAACUUUAUUAAAUCAUUCUUUCAUCACAUGUAUACAGAAAUAUAAAAAAUAUUUACAUCCAGAAUAGUGUGUUUGUUGUACAAAGAUCUUUAUAAUCCAAUAUAAAAUUACAUUUUAAUAUACAUUUAAUAUAAAAGUAUAGAAAUAAAUCAAUAGGGAUAAAAAGUAUAGCAUGCUAGAUCAGAGGUAGUUAUAUUUUACAAUACAACAGCUAAGGACCAUCAUUUUAUUACAACCUAAUCAAAUCCCUCAUAGUUCACUUUAUAUCUUCAAUUUUAUAACCUUGACAUGUUUAAUAUUUCAUAAAUUGCUCUUUCUUUAUAAUGCCGUCUUAAUGUUAAAAUAGAAAUGCAGCACAUCUCUGAAACGUUACACAACAUUACUUUCUGAAAACAAAUUUUGUUGAACAUAAAACACACCACACAAGUACAUAUACACAAAUCCUUGCUACCCAAAAAUAUUGCAUUGUAAUAAAAAUAUGUUGAAAUUGCUUGACUUAUUUUAUAAGUUGAACAUUUUAAAUAGUAAGUUGUAAUAACUUAAGCCAGUUUGUUUAUGCUUAAUGUAAGGCAGCAAAAUAGGUUUAACUGUGUAGUAGUAAAAUGUACUGUUACAAUGAUAAAUGCAAUUUUUUACCUUUUUUAUAUAAAUUUUAAAAGUAAAAUAAGUAACAGAUGGGGGGGGGGCUUUAUGUGAGCUACAGGACAACCGAAUAGGACUUAUUUUGUGUGUCUUUGUAUUUGCGUAGUGUGUAUGCUUUAGUUCUUAUUACCAUGUUGUGCUUUUUAUGCUAAAUAUACACAAGCAUUUACCUUCCCAAAAGUUUGUUCAUUUGCAGACAAAAAAUCGACAGCUUGCAAAAAUGUAGUACAAUGCAAUUAUGACUUUGAUGUGUGUGUGUAUAUAUACAUUUAAAAAUUAAUUCAUAAAAGUUUGAAUACAUACAGACAACAACUGAGUUUGUAGUAGAAAGAUUUUUCACAUUAAAAUAUUUGAUUUAUUCUUUA